AUGGAGCAGCCCGCCAUCCCAGGAACCCCCACCAUCCUGCCCUCCUUCCGGAUCGAGGGGCCGGUCAAGGAGUGCGAAGAGAACCAGUUCCGGUGCCGGAACGAGCGCUGCAUCCCCUCCGUGUGGAGAUGCGACGAGGACGACGACUGCUCGGACAACAGCGACGAGGACGACUGCCCCAAGAAGACCUGUGCGGACAGCGACUUCACCUGUGACAACGGCCACUGCAUCCCCGAGCGGUGGAAGUGUGAUGGCGAGGAGGAGUGUCCCGAUGGUUCCGAUGAGUCCGAGGCCACUUGCACCAAGCAGGUGUGUCCCGCAGAGAAGCUGAGCUGUGGACCCACCAGCCACAAGUGUGUGCCCGCCUCGUGGCGCUGUGAUGGGGAGAAGGACUGCGAGAGUGGAGCAGACGAGGCCGGCUGUGCCACCUUGUGCGCCCCGCACGAGUUCCAGUGCAGCAACCGCUCGUGCCUGGCCGCCGUGUUCGUGUGCGAUGGCGACGACGACUGCGGCGACGGCAGCGACGAGCGCGGCUCCUGCCGCAGCGGCGAGUGCGUGCACCUGGGCUGGCGCUGCGACGGCGACCGCGACUGCAAGGACAAGUCGGACGAGGCCGACUGCCCGCUGGGGACCUGCCGUGGGGACGAGUUCCAGUGUGGGGAUGGGACUUGUGUCCCUGCAGUCAAGCUCUGCAACCAGGAACAGGACUGUCCAGACGGCAGUGACGAAGCUGGCUGCCUGCAGGAGUCAACAUGUGAGGGUCCGCGCAGAUUUCAGUGUAAGAGUGGCGAGUGUGUGGACGGCGGGAAAGUGUGUGAUGCUCAGAGGGACUGCCGGGACUGGUCGGAUGAGCCUCUGAAAGAGUGUGGGCUGAACGAGUGUCUGCACAACAAUGGUGGCUGCUCCCACAUCUGCUCCGACCUCAAGAUUGGCUUUGAGUGCACAUGCCCAGCAGGCUACCGGCUCUUGGACCAGAAGACCUGUGGCGACAUUGACGAGUGUGAGGACCCAGACGCCUGCAGCCAGAUCUGUGUCAACUACAAAGGCUACUUUAAGUGCGAGUGCCACCCUGGCUACGAGAUGGACACACUGACCAAGAACUGCAAGGCUGUCGCUGGCAGAAGUCCGUCGCUAAUCUUCACCAACCGGCACGAAGUACGGAGGAUAGACCUGGUGAAGCGGGACUACUUGCGCCUCAUCCCCAUGCUCAAGAACGUCGUGGCACUGGAUGUCGAAGUUGCCACCAAUCGCAUCUACUGGUGUGACCUCUCCUACCGCAAGAUCUACAGCGCCUACAUGGACAAGGCCAGUGACCCGGCAGAGCAGGAGGUCCUCAUUGAUGAGCAGCUGCACUCUCCAGAGGGCCUGGCAGUGGACUGGGUCCACAAGCACAUCUACUGGACUGACUCGGGCAACAAGACCAUCUCAGUGGCCAAAGUCGAUGGCAGCCGCCGUUGCACUCUCUUCAGCCAUAACCUCAGUGAACCCCGGGCCAUUGCUGUUGACCCCCUGCAAGGGUUCAUGUAUUGGUCUGACUGGGGGUACCAGGCCAAGAUCGAGAAAUCUGGGCUCAACGGUGUGGACCGACAAACACUGGUGUCAGACAAUAUUGAGUGGCCCAACGGAAUCACCUUGGAUUUGUUGAACCAGCGCUUGUACUGGGUAGACUCCAAGCUGCACCAGCUGUCCAGCAUUGACUUCAGUGGAAGCAACAGAAAGAUGCUGAUUUCCUCCCCUGACUUCCUGAGCCACCCUUUUGGGAUAGCUGUGUUUGAGGACAAGGUGUUCUGGACAGAUCUGGAGAAUGAGGCCAUUUUCAGUGCAAAUCGGCUCAAUGGCCUGGAAAUCUCCGUCCUAGCUGAGAACCUCAAUAACCCACAUGACAUUGUCAUCUUCCAUGAGCUGAAGCAGCCAAGAGCUGCAGAUGCCUGCGAGCUGAGUGCCCAGCCCAAUGGAGGCUGUGAGUACUUGUGCCUUCCUGCCCCUCAGAUCUCCAGCCACUCUCCCAAGUACACGUGUGCCUGUCCUGACACAAUGUGGCUGGGCCCAGACAUGAAGAGGUGCUACCGAGCACCUCAAUCUACCUCAACUACGACGUUAGCCUCUACCACGACGAGGACAGUAGCCGACACCACAGGAGCCCCUGGGACCACCAUCCACAGCCCCACCUACCAGAACCACAGCACAGAGACACCGAGCCUGGCAGCUGCGGUCCCAAGCUCAGUUAGUGUCCCCAGGGCUCCCAGCAUCAGCCCGUCUACCCCAAGCCCUGCAACCAGCAACCACUCCCAGCACUAUGGGAAUGAAGGCGGCAAGAUGGGCUCAACAGUUACUGCUGCUGUCAUUGGGAUCAUCGUGCCCAUCGCGGUAAUUGCCCUGCUGUGCAUGAGCGGCUACCUGAUCUGGAGAAACUGGAAGCGGAAGAACACCAAGAGCAUGAAUUUUGACAACCCAGUGUACAGGAAAACAACAGAAGAAGAGGACGAGGAUGAGCUCCACAUAGGGAGGACUGCUCAGAUUGGCCAUGUCUAUCCUGCAGCAAUCAGCAGCUUUGAUCACCCACUGUGGGCAGAGCCCUGUCUUGGGGAGACCAGAGAACUGGAAGACCCAGCCCCUGCCCUCAAGGAGGUUUUUGUCUUGCCGGGGGAACCAAGGUCACAGCUGCACCAACUCCCGAAGAACCCUCUUUCCGAGCUGCCUGUCGUCAAGUGCAAGCGAGUGGCAUUAAGCCUUGAAGAUGAUGGACUGCCCUGAGGAUGGGACCACUCCCUUCGUGCCUCAUGGAAUUAAGUCCCAUGCACUAUACACUGGAUGGUGUAUGCCUGGAUGAAAGGGUUUCUGUAUAUGGGUCUCUGUGAGUGAGUGCGUGUGU